UGCGUGCUACCCAAAUGUCGCCGAACUUGCGAUGGGAACUUUUGCAUCCUGCGAGUUCUUCCAUCCCUUCACAUCGUACACGUAUCCCCGUACCAACUACCGACCGCGUUAAAGAAAGCUAUCAAAGACUAAGCUCCCCCAUCGCUCAUCCUCCUAUAAAACUCCCCAUAAUCACCUCUUUAUCUCCCCACCAUAACACAUUUUCUUCUUUGAUCAACCCAGAAAAACGUGCCAUGGUGUUCUCAGUGACCCGGAAAUCAAGCGGUUUCGUCGCCCCGGCGGAGCCAACUCCGACGGAAAUCCUUCCUCUGUCGAUCAUCGACCGCAUCAAGGGCCUUCGGUACAUGGUGCAAUCGAUCCAUGUGUUCAAGAGAGGGGAGAAGGCAGCGAAAACCAUCAAGGAGGCGAUGUCGAAGGCCUUGGUUCCUUACUACCCAUUCGCUGGCCGGUUCUUCAAUGAUCCAGAAGAUGGCGAACUGAAGCUGGCUUGCAGAGGCGAGGGCCCGUGGUUUGUGGAGGCUGUCGCUAAUUGUAGCCUUGAAGAUGUGAGGUUUCUCGAUCUUCCGAUGAUGAUCUCGAAGGAGGAGUUGCUGCCGGUCAUCCCGCAGGACCUCGAAGAACCCAUCAACCUCCCAUUCAUGAUGCAGGUGACAGAGUUCACAUGCGGUGGCUUUGUUAUGGGCCUCCUCUCACUCCACUCUUUCGCCGACGGCCUCGGCGCCGCGCAGUUCCUCCACGCGGUCGGGGAGAUAGCCCGUGGGCUGCCGAAACCCAUCAUUAACCCAACCUGGGACCGAGAUCUCAUCCCCAACCCGCCCAAGCUUCGACAGCCCGGCCCUCCACCUGCUUUUCCCGACUUAAAGAAUGAAUACACCACCAUAGACUUUUCAGCCGAAAGCAUUCUACAGGUGAAAGAAGACUUCUACCAUUCCACAGGCAAGCACUGCUCCACCUUCGAUGCCUCCGUUGCCAUGGUAUGGCAGGCCCGAAUCCGCGCCAUCGGGUUCGAGCCCAACGAGCUGGUUCACGUCUGCUUCUUCGCCAGCACCCGUCACCUCCUCACCGAUGUUCUUCCUAAGCCCUCGGAAUACUACGGUAACUGCUUCUACCCGGUAACAGUCACCACCACGGCCGGAAGACUGACGGAGUCUAACCUUGCGGACGUUGUGAGAAUCGUAAGGGAUGCAAAGAGUGGCUUGCCGAAGGAGUUCGCCAAAUGGGCCGUUGGGGACUUUAAGGAGGAUCCAUAUGAGCUGACCUUCAGUUACAAUUCUCUUUUCGUUUCAGACUGGACAAGGUUAGGGUUUAGGGAGGUGGAUUAUGGGUGGGGGAAGCCGGUGAAUGUUAUACCAUUUGCAUAUUAUGAUUUCAUGGCGAUGGCGAUCAUCGGAACUGUGCCGGUGCCGAAGCAGGGGACAAGGAUCAUGACGCAGUGCGUUAAGAAGGAGCAUUUGGAGGAAUUUGAGCAGGAGAUGAGGAGGUUUAAGUGAAAGAGCUAACCGUACUAACAAAAAGUGAAGUGAAAGGUCUGCAUAUGGGGGCAUUUUAUGUUUUAAUUCUCUGAAAAAGUUAAGAUCUUACUUUUAUGGAUUGCUUCUUUUUUUUUUUUAAUCUCUUAAUAUGGUGUGCCAGCGUUUUGGUUGUUGUGCUAAUGUUGUUUGAAGUGUAAAGACACGGUUUAAUUGAAUAAAUUUAAUGUUAUGUUA